GCAUGAAAAGUAAUGUCAGUUAACACAACUGUGUAUUUUUAGUAUUCUUCUAAACUAUUUUAAAUGAAAUACAAGGCUUGUUACAAAGGGACUUAGAUGUCGUAAAUAAUUAACUUUUUUUUUCAGGAGAAGUACUGUGUACUUAACAAGGGGUCCCUGGUGCUGUAGCACUGGUAACACCUUUAUUAAGCACACCGCUGAAGAUGGGAUCAAAAGACUUGGCUGUUAUUAUCCUAUUAAUCAUCUCAGGAGAACUCUAUGCAGAAGAGAAACCCUGUGGUUUUCCAAGUGUGGAAAAUGGACGGAUUGCCCAAUAUUACUAUACUUUUGAAAGAUACUACUUUCCGAUGAGCGUAAAUCAGAAUUUGACCUUCUCCUGCUUGGCCGGUCACACAACUAAAACGGGGAAACGAGAGGCUCGCACCACGUGCACAGCGGCCGGCUGGUACCCAGAACCGCGGUGCUUCAAAAAAUGCCCUAAGCCUGACUUGAGAAACGGCUACAUCUUUGAUACAAAAUUAUCUUACAACGUUCAAGAGAACAUGCGCUACGGUUGUUCGUCAGGAUAUAAAACCACUGCAGGGCAGGAUGAAGAAGUGGUUCAGUGCCUCCCUGAUGGAUGGUCCUCUCAGCCAGCCUGUAGGAAGGAACAUGAAAUGUGCUUGGCCCCUGAAUUACAUCAUGGAAAUUAUUCCACAACACAGAAAACAUUCAGAGUGAAGGACAAAGUACGAUAUGAAUGUGCCCCCGGGUACCACACAGCUUCCGGGAAGAGGACGGAGGAGGUGGAAUGUCACUCGUACGGGUGGGCUCUCCGCCCACGAUGUGCCAAAUUAAAAUGCUCUUCCUUAAGAUUAAUAGAAAAUGGUUAUUUUCAUCCUGUAAAGCAAACCUAUGAAGAAGGAGACGUAGUUCAGUUUUUCUGUCAUAAAAAUUAUUAUCUCAGUGGAUCUGACCUAAUUCAGUGCUAUAACUUUGGUUGGUACCCAGAAUCUCCUGUCUGUGAAGGAAGAAGAAGUCGGUGUCCCCCUCCGCCUCUGCCUGCGAACUCCAACGUUCAAACGCACUCAGCCACUUACCGUCACGGGGCAGCGGUGCGGCUGUCGUGUGAACUGCACUUCGAGAUGCAGGGGCCAGAGGAGAUGCGUUGUGAAAAUGGAAAGUGGACAGAACCUCCAAAAUGCGUUGAGGCAGGCGAGCGGGUGGCCUGCGGCGAGCCACCCUUCGUUGAGAACGCGGCGGCGCAGCCCUCCUCCGGGGGCUUCCACAGCGGGGAUAAGGUGACGUACGCGUGCGCACCAGGGUACCACCUCCGUGGACCCCCGGAGAUAGCCUGUCGCGGUGGGCAGUGGACCGCGCCCCCCGCGUGCGCGGAAAAUACUGAGAAUUGUAAUGCUCCCCCUGUUGUAAUAAACGGGGCUGUUGUUGGUGAAGCACUGACCAGCUACACAACAGGAUCCUCGGUGGAAUAUAGAUGCAAUGAGUAUUACCUGUUGAGGGGAGAAAAGGUAUCUCACUGUGAACAAGGAAAAUGGUCACCCCCACCUGUUUGCUUAGAGCCGUGCACUGUGAAUGUGGAUGACAUGCGCAGAAGUAACCUGGAGAUGAAGUGGCAGUAUGAAGGGAAGAUCUUACACGGAGACUUGAUCGAUUUUGUGUGCAAGCAGGGAUAUGACUUGCCCCCACCAACUCCGCUCUCGGAGUUGUCUGUGCAGUGCGACAGAGGACGAGUGAAGUAUCCCUUAUGCGUUAGGAAAGAAUCUGAAAGAACGUGUGCAUCUCCCCCACUUAUUAAGAAUGGAGUCAUCAAGGGGUCAACGGCGGGCACCUAUGAAAACGGCUCCUCCGUGGAGUACAGGUGUUUCGAACACUAUUUCCUGCAGGGGUCCCGGGAGGCCUACUGCUCCGAGGGCGCGUGGACGGCGCCGCCGCUGUGCUUAGAGCCUUGCACCUUAUCUCUCAUCACAAUGGAAAAUAAUAAUUUACUCCUGAAAUGGAAUUUUGACGAUAGGCCUUAUAUUUUCCACGGCGAGUACGUUGAGUUUCUUUGUAAGAGAAAUACUUUCAUAUCCGACUUCCCCAGCAUGGGCUCUGAGCUCCGAGUGCAGUGUGACCGAGGGCAGUUAAAGUACCCGAGGUGCAUUCAGAGAGAAAGGAUGUUGUCUUAUCAAGAACCCUAAAAGACAUAAAAAUGAAUGGCAGAAAGAAGAAUAGUAUGUCAGCACAUCACAAAAUCCUUUAUAAAACAUAAUUGUUAGAAGAAAAAUGUUGAAUUAAAAACCUCUAAGUUUUUGCUUGCUUGAA